CCAGUUCUUUCGAGAUGUCUGGUAAUCCGAAGAUGAUUUUGCCUUACGAGUGGAUCCUGGAGAAUGUCGAGGAAGAACCGAUGACGAUCGCGUCGAAAAUGAUUUCGUUUCGUGGCGAAAAAGUAUUCCGUGUGGGUUUGAAGAACUACGCGGUAGAUCCCGUUUUAUUUUUGGUGGCAAUUGAUCUGAACAAAAUGGGAAUGAUGGUAUUAUACGUAAUGUACGGCAUUCAAGGUAGUGGCAUUGGCCCAGCAACGAUGGAGCAAAUGAUGAAGGAGAAUAUCGGCGAUGGAGGAAGUCUGCAGUUAUUCACCAUUAAACUUGCCGAAAAGGUCGUCGGAAACUGCACGUUUUCAUUUCGAAUUGUCAUCGAAGGAACUUAUGGCUAUUCCUAUCAACUGUCUGAUCGUCUUGCCAAAGACCAAUUAUGGGCUACUGUAAAAGAUAAUCAGUGGACGGACGUUGAAUUUAUCGUGAAAGAGAAAAAAAUUUCUGCCCAUGCUGCUAUUCUUGCUGCCCGCAGUGAAGUGUUCGCAGCCGAAUUCGAGAAGAAACAACCGGGAAGAAAUGGUCCUCAACAGAUCCAAAUCGAUGGCGUGGAACCUUCAACUGUGGAGAAAUUUCUUCACUUUAUCUACACGGGAGAGACAAUGGGAACAUUUGCAGAUGAAGGAUUGCACAAAUUAGCUGCUCACUAUCAACUUCCAAUUCUUUCUGGUUUAUGCCGAGUUGCACUGAAGAAAAUUGAAGCUACGCAGAUGGUAAAGCUCAUUGAGAGUAUAAAUAAUGGAGUUGACGGAGUAUCCCGAGGAGUUCAUUCUUCCAAAAUCAUGCCGGAGAAAGAUACGGAAAUAUUUUUUGAUGGAACCACGCCCACCUUCAGAUGCGAUUUGUCGUUUAAUGGUUCUCAAAUUGGAAAACCAAAAUGUUUGAUGCAAUAUCAAAAGGAAGACGUGUUUUUCGCUCACUUUACUGGGCAUCGCAAUGGCAGCAUUAUUAGUAAACCUGGAAUUCAUUUUUCAUGCGCCAAGCAUCGAAAAUUCGGCUUGAAAAUUGAAGAUGUUUAUUUCAGCUGCCAGCCGAAACCUUACAAAUGGUUCAAAAUGGAAGCGAAAAUGUUAAAAAACAGCGCUGAAGUACUUCUACACUUCACCUCCAAUUUGGAGUUCGAUUUUAAUUACAACUCCAAUCAAUCAUACUUCGACAUCAAAACGGUCAGCACAAUCGGCAAUUAUUAUUACGAGAUGAUGGAUGACGAUUGGUGCAAGGAUCUAUGGGCCGCCGCAACAAACAAGAAGUUUACCGAUGUCCAAAUCUAUGUUGGGAAUAUUGAAGUAAUGGAAGGCCAUCGAGUUAUUCUAUCAGCUCGUAGUCCUGUCCUGAAUGCAUCUUUAAACAAGACCAGUAAACCAGCAGAGAAAUCCAUCGUCAGAUUCGAGGCGGAAUUCGAUGUCGAAGUUGUAAAGAAUUUCCUAAAUUUCCUGUACACUGGCCGUUUAGAGUCGAGUGCCAGCGUCCAUCAACUUGGUAAAUUGGCCACAAUGUACCAAGUGGAGACUUUGAAAAAUGUGUGUCAAGUAUUUAAUGUCAGCCCACCGGAUGCAGAAGAACUAACCAACUAUCUUCUAGAGCUGUAAUUGCCGGUUAAUAUUCUACAUUUGUUGUGUAUCUCUUCGUUUGAAUACAGCAAUUUGAUUUCUCA